AUGGCCCAUUUCCUGAGGGGAAAGCAAGCCGGCAUCCAGAAGGACUUUUCUGGGACUUUGGCGCCGGAACUGUUCGAUAUUGAUGAUCUCGCGAGGUGUGGCAUAAACUCGCAGAUCAGUGUCCUCGCAUAUGAUCCAGUCCAGUCGCUUCUUGCAGUAGGAACCAGCGAGUCCCAGUUCGGCCAUGGCCAAAUCUAUGUGUUUGGCCAGGGGCGUGUAUUGAUCACCUUCGCUUUGCCGCGUAAGGCGUCUGCAAAGUUCCUUCAGUUCUGCGCCGACAAGCUUGUCAGCGUUGAUUCGAAGAGCGAGAUAAGCAUCUUCUCUCUCGAGACAAAGCAAUUACUCAGCUCUCACGCCCCCCCGAGCCAUGCAAGCGCGUUGCUCACAGAUCCUAGCUUGGAUUAUGCAUUUAUUGGCCUGCAGAAUGGCGAAAUACUAGCAUAUGAUCUCGAUCGCGAAGCCUUGACGCCGUUCAGGAUACCCAACUUAUGGGCUGAGCGCAAUCCACGGUCACGAUUCUGCCCUGUCGUCAGCCUGGCUUUCUCGCCUCGCGAUAUAGGUAAAGUUCUGAUUGGGUACCCUGAUGGAGCGGUCGUGUUUUCAUUCAAACAGAAUCUGGCUCAGAAAUACUUCGAGUAUGAGGUACCACCUGCCGCUCUGGGAGGUAAUGGUGCUGUGCCGUCUCGUGAUCUGCGCAAACCAAGAUUGACCAGAGCACUAUGGCACCCAAAUGGAAUAUUCGUACUUACCAUUCACGAUGACAACAGUCUUGUCUUCUGGGACUCAAAGGAUGGCCGCAAAUUACUGGCCAGAUCCAUAUUCACUCCCAAUAUCGACCAACCGGGAGUCCUUCCGGUACCUGCUGCAUCUGACUCCCCAGCGGGGCCAAAGGAGCCCAUUGCGGAUAUUGCAUGGUGUGUAAAGGCGAAUGGGGACGACAGCGGUCUUCUAAUUGCUGGUGGCAAAGCAAAGGAUGAGCCAAACAGGAAUCUUAUUUUCAUGGACUUUGGGCCGACACCUAACUAUCAGACAUCGUCCUGGGCAGUGAUUUCAGCUUAUCUGGAGAAACCGAAGCGUCAUGCAGAGCUUCCAAUUCCGCCUGGUGCGGAGGUUGUCAGUUUCUGCGUCAUUCCUCGCAAUAGUCCCUAUUACGCAGGCGCCCAUGACCCUAUAGCGGUUAUUGUCCUUCUAACAUCGGGCGAACUGAUUACACUGAGUUUCCCAAGCGGACAUCCGAUUCCACCCACCAAUAUGCUUCCGGCCUCGCUUAUCAUGGUCCAUCCAUACGUGACCAAAACCACUCUAACACCGGUGGACCGGGGUGCUUGGCUGGGGCUUAAGGAGCGGAGAUCUCAAGGGCCAAAAUUCAUUCUAGGUGGCGCUGAAACAAAGAAAUCGCUCAAAAGAAUGGAAAAUCGGAAUAUUGUCACCGCGGCACAUGCGGACGGCACCGUCCGUCUUUGGGACGUUGGACAUAAUGAUGAGAUUGAGAACUCAGAGACCAUCCAGGUUGACCUGGCUCGCGCACUUGGCCGUGUCAACAACAUCGAAGUCACAGAAAUGUCCUUUGGAGGUUCGAGUGGCGAACUAUCGGUUGGGCUUAGAACCGGCGAGGUCGUGAUCUUUCGAUGGGGCAACAAUCAGAGAUUAGGGCACGAGGAACCUGCUGGGCCGAACAAUGGUCCAGGCGAGUUGACGAAUAUCACACACAGAACUGAUCCGGGUCUGAAGCAAGGUCUCCUACCACUAACCUUGCUGGACAUGCAACAAGGACCCGUGACUGCCUUGAAACACAGUCCAGUAGGAUUUGUUGCCGUGGGAUUUGAAGCCGGCAGUAUCGCAAUCAUUGAUUUGCGAGGGCCAGCUAUCAUUCACACAGCGAAUCUAUCCGAGGUAGCAAAACAGCACAAGCGGAGCAGUUUUCUUAAGUCUCGCAGUCACAGUGACGCCCCGUCGGAGGUGCCCACGACUAUUGAGUUUGGUAUAGUGACUUUAGAGGGCGAAGAUUAUUCUAGUAUUUGCUGCUUCGUGGGGACAAACAGAGGCAACUUGGCCACCUUCAAGAUACUACCAGGGAGUUCCGGAGCGUACACGGCUACCUUUGUUGGCGCAGUAGCAUUGGAUGAUAAAGUAAUCAGCAUUACGCCUAUAAAUGCGGACAAUGGCAACCUAGCGUUAGCCACAGGGGAAGCAUUUGGAGGGCUAAGGAAUGGUGCCAAGGUUCAUGGUGCAGUCGUUGCUGUAACCACCACCGGCUGCAGAAUCUUCAAGCCUGCCACAUCCAAGGGUGCGCAGCGCUCCUGGGAUGAUUACCUAUGCGACGCCGCCGCAGUUGUCAACGUCCAGGGCAGAGGCUGUAGUCUCGUUGGGCUUUUUGGGGAUGGUAACGCUCGGGCGUUCUCGAUUCCUGGCUUGAAAGAGAUCGGUUGCAGCAAAAUCAGCCAUAGAGCUGAUAUGAGUCGCCUUUCUUUGUCUGCUGUCUCUUCUGACGGAACCGUCAUGGUUUGGACUAGUCCGUCUGAGAUGGGGUUUUUCGAGGUCUGGGGUGCCGGUAUUGAGCUACAACCCUCAGAAGACCAGCUAUACAAUCCGCAAUUGAUCAUUCCCCCGCGACCUACUAUCACCAAUAUGCAAUGGAUCUCUGGCACCCAGUACAUCUCAACCGCCGAUAUGGAUGUCUUGAUUGGGGGACCUGACCGGCCGCCAUCAAAGCGCAUGCUAGAGCAAAUGCGCCUGGACGAGCAAGAACGUCGAAAAGCCGCCAGGGAAGGCCGAACACCGCCAGCGCGACAGGACAGCAACGAAGAGGGAUAUCUAGCAUACAUGUCGCGCCAAAUGCAAGAGCGCACCGAGAGACUUGGAUUCGCUAGUGAUAAUAUGGACAGAUUGGAAGAAACGAGCAGCGGCUGGGCCCGCGAUGUAAACAAAUACGUCCAGAAUCAGAAGAAGAAAGCUGUGCUAGGUGCUCUAGGAGCAAAGUUCGGUUUCUGA